AUGCGACUAGUAACGGCCGAUGGGACCCUGCACACAGUGUCGGCGUUCAGUCCAGAAGCAGGUUUAUGGUGGGCCGUGGAGGGUGCAGGGCACAAUUUUGGGAUUGUGAUAUCGGUCACUUCCAAGAUCUACGAUGUGACUGUGGUGUUUUUUGAUCCUACGAGAGCUUUAUUUUCACCCAUGACAAAGUCGAGGGUGUCUGACCACAUCAAGAAGUUCUCGGCAAACCAACCGGUGGAUCUGGUUCAUCUUUCGACUUUCCUUCGCAAUCCAGAUGGUGAUCCAGAAAAUCCGAUCAUCGUAUUCUUUAUUUUUCAAGAAGGUGUUUCCGCCAUUGAAUCGACAUACGCGGCUCUAUUAAGAGACCUCGGUCCCGUUCGUAGGCUCUCUAGCUCUGGAACUUACAAGGAUAUCCCAGGACGGGCCGGCUUUUUCAAACCGUCAGAAGAACGGCGCGAGCCGUCCCAGCGCGAUGCCUUCGACUUUUUUUCCAAAGGCACCUCUGAGAUUCCACAGCUCAACAGUGCCAUCUUUCUCCUUGAGGGCGAUUCCUCAGGGGGUGAUCCCAUGCUCGUCUCGCUGGUUGCGGCUUACACCGAACCUGCGCUGGAAGAAAAGGCGGUUGCGUUUGGGGAGAGUCUACGGCAGAUCUGUUCCGAGCGAGCGGAUAGAAGGAACUGUAUGCAUAUGUCAACUCUGCGUCGCGGCUCGGAGAGCCAGAGAUUUGGGAUUCUUGUCUUCAAGAAAUUUAUGUGA